AACUAAUGAGACGUUAAAAUCUAUCGACAGUUGAAAUAUCGCCUGAAGGUUUAAAAAAAAUAAUUCAUUUUGUUAUUCCUCGCUUGAAACGAAAAACCUAAACCUAAAAUAUAACAAAAAUUUGUUUGAUAGUUUGAAUUAUUUGAAAAACAUUUAAAUAUGCGUAACGUUGAAAUAAAAGCUUUUUUACGUAAUCCAGAAUUUGUUAGAGCCAAAGCUAAAGAAUUGUCAAACUCAGAACCUGAAAUAAUUAAACAAACGGAUACUUUCUAUGCUGUACCACGUGGUCGCCUUAAAUUGCGUGUAUUUUCCGAUGAUUCCGGUGAAUUAAUUUUUUAUGAACGCACAGAUACUAAGGGACCAAAACUUAGUGAAUAUAAAAAAAUUUCAUUUAGUGAUAAAUCAAAGUGUGAAGAAAUUAAUGAUCUUCUGAGUAGAAGCAAUGGUAAACUAGGAGUUGUUAAAAAAAUUCGAUUAUUGUACAUCGUUGGACAGUCACGGAUUCAUGUUGAUAAAGUUGAUGAGCUGGGAGAUUACAUGGAAAUUGAAGUUGUUUUGGAUGACAAUCAAGAAGUUGGAGUUGGAGAACAAAUAAGUAAUGAUUUAAUGAAAAAAUUAGAAAUUCCGGCUGAUGAUUUAGUAUCUGGAGCGUAUAUUGAUUUGUUAUUAAAAGAUAAAACCAGUUAAUUACUAAUUACUGUAUUCUUUUAACACAAUAAAUUUUUUCAUGAGAGUAUCAGUAA